AUGUUUAAACUGGUGGUGUUGUGCUCUCUGCUGGCAGCGUCUGCCGCCAAGCCGGGAUAUUUGGCACCCCUGGCGUACAGCACUGUGCCUGUUGCCAGCUCUCUGUCUGAAUACAGCACCAGCGUGGUUCACGGAACGCCACUGUACACAGCAGGCGUCUACAGUGCACCAUACGUUGUACCCGUCGCCGCUUUGUCUCAAGCCCCUAACUCUCCGGCUGUGGUGCUCGAUGCUGUGAACGGCGUGCCCCUGGACACCCCUGAAGUUGUUGCUGCUCGGGCAGCCCACUAUCAAGCUAAGGCUUUGUCAGGUCUUCAUCACCUCAAGAAACGGUCUCUGGCCCCACUAAGCUACAGCACGGUCGUUUCUCCGGUGACUCACAGUGCUGUGCUCUCUCCUCUUACCUAUUCCGCUUCCUAUGUCCCAGGAUACUCUACAACUGCUUUAGUAUCAUCCCCCCUAGCCUAUUCAGGUGUAUUUCCUAAAGCUUACGGCGUUCACCCUUGG